UAUAUGUUCAUUUAUAUUUUACACAGUUGAAUUAGAUUCCAGUUGUGUGGUGUACUUGUUUCUAAAAUUUAUUAGAAUCGGUACAAUUAAUUAUUUCUUUCAUAAUGACGACGCCUUCAGAUGAUCCAGAAAAAUUAAACUCGGAUGCAGAUGCCAGGAGACUCGAGAAUUUUUCGAUACAGGAACUGAAUAUGCUUAUUUUAAAGCUUGAAGAGGAAGUAAAUGAGUUGCAAAGCCUAGUUAACGCACUAACGAUCGCAAUGGAGAGAUUCCAGGAAUCCAAGAAGGCUUUGACCGAGUUGGAGAAGAAAAAUAAACAAAUCCAAGUUCCUCUCACUUCAUUAGUAUACGUUCCAGGGGAACUGACUAACCCUGACAAAGUGUUGGUUUCAGUAGGGACUGGAUACUAUGUGGAAAUGGAUUUGAAAAAAGCAGAGGAUUACUAUGAGAGGAGAAUAAGGACAGUUGAAGAACAAAUGUGUAAAUUGCAAGCUAUUUUAUCUGGAAAGGCGAAGCAGAUAAAUUUAAGUUAUUCAUAUCUGGACCAGAAAUUGGCCAUUUUAAGAAACACACAACUGGCAGCCCAAACUACAAGUUGAACGACUUGCACACCUAAAUAAACAGUUUUAAAAGUUUAAUUUUAAAAUAUUCUUGUCUAA